GAAUAUUCGAGCCCUUGCAUUUUGCUUGUUGAAUCACUAUUUGCUAUCGAAUAACAAUGGUGAGUUCGGUGACAUAAGGUUGAUCCCCUUGAUUAGCCAGAUGGAAAGUUGCUAUUCCAUUAUGCCGUUGGUUGUUGCCGAGACUUUGCUGAGUGCGGAUGAGUUGAAGAAGGAUGCCAAAUCUGAACAUUUUAAGGGAAGCCCCCUAUUACUGCAGAUUUGGCUCGCGGAACGGCUUAGACUUUUGGAAGCUCCUGCCGAUCCUAAACAUUAUCGCCCUAUAGCCUUGGGUAACCGAAAAUACUUGCACCAAGGCCAGGACGAGGCCGAAUGGACCUCCUUUUUUACUUAUGGCGUUUGUUCUAUUAAGUGGGUGGUACCAUGGUGGGGUUUGACUACUGUGACAGGGGUUCUGAUGUAUCGGUUUAUGUUUCCUUGUUGGGGCUAUCUCGUCCCAUUUAUAUUUUCCCUUACCGAGUCAUGCGUCAAUAUGGUUUAAGGCAGACUAUCCCCUUUUCUGAUACGGUACCACCUAAGGUAGCGGCCUUUUCACAAACACGGGUUCUAGCGUGGGCUAAGUAUUAUGAUGGUCUCCCGCGUUGGGCCGUAGCUACAAAUGGCUUUGUGGGUCUUUCUGAAAACUACAAGUUGUGGAUGAG